UCAAAGCUAUUUUUUUUUCUACAGAAAUUCUAGAUUUAACGAUAUCAAUUACUGAACAUCCAGAUUAUCGCCUACAGCCUAUUGUCUUCACAAUCAGUUAUGUGCCACAAAUAAAUGCAGGCACCAGCGAGAUGUGGUUUGGUGUUUCCUCUCCACUUGAAGGAGUAAAUGAUUCUGUUGCUCAAGAAGUAAAAGGGUGUCACGCGUCCUAUAAUGACUCCGUUUUUACACCGUUUAAUACAAGCUGUACAUCAAACGAUGGACUAACUUACACAAUAACGAUAGGCCUACCAAUUGGAAGUGGGGAUAAUGGACACCCAGCGUUAAGUGGUAUUUACGGGCGAGUACAAGCUUCAAUAAAUGGUCAACUUUACGAAGCAAAAGCCUCAGCUGUAAUUGCCUUGCAUAACACAAUUACAGGCAAUUCUUUUUAUGAUCGAAGUCUUACUGUGAGCAUGGGGGAAGAAAUCCAUCUAUCAGUGGAUUUGCCAACAUGUUGCGAAAAUUCCCGGGAUAAGGUGCGUUGGCAACACAAUGGUAAUUGGAUGAAUGGUUGGCAUAAUAGUUCGGUUUAUAUUACCAAUGCUAGAGUGGAGGAUUCAGGAAUCUAUAAACUAAGUUAUGGCAAGGGAACAGGUGAAAUCAUGGUCUGGCAUGUUAAAGUACGAGGUUGCCCUGUAUCUAGAUACGGUCCUCCAGAAUGUGCAGGGAGAUGUCCUACAUGUCACAAUGGCGGUCUAUGUGAUCACGUGACCGGUUUGUGCAUAUGUCCAGCCGGUUACAUUGGCAUAAACUGUCAUACAGUGUGUGCGUCUGGCACCAGAUACGGACGGAGUUGUACCAAGAGAUGUCCUGGUAAUAAUUGUCAAGGGCAUUUUAUUUGUCCACCAGAUCCAAUGCCCUGUAGCUGUGCACCCGGCUACUACGGACUCGCUUGCAGCAAACGCUGCACACCAGGAUCCUACGGACCCGACUGCAGUAUACCAUGCAACUGCCAGGAUGUGUUUAACCCGUGCGACUACAGAUUUGGGUGCUCAAGCCGAUGUGAUACAUACAUAUUUAAUAUUGAUCGAUGUAAAAAAAAGUCAAUAGGAAGAUGUCCAUACGGAUACUAUGGUACGGAAUGUCAUUUGACUUGCCACUGCAAUCCACAUAUUCGGUGUGUAAAGAGUUCUGGUUCGUGUGGGCGUUAUCCUUGUGCAGACGGAUGGGCAGGGUUUGCUUGCCAAGAAGGUAUGUUUAAAAAGAUAUAG